ACGGGCUCUAAAGUUCCCGACAUAAAAGUGCAUUAAGUUCAUCCUAUACAUGGACUUAUAUUAUAAGUCUAUGAUCCAAUACUUGUGAUACUUAUGAUUUAUGAAUGACAUUGCAAUUGCAGUCUAAGUGACAUACCGGUAAUACAGUAUUCUAUAACAAAAUGGUGAAGAACAAGUUCCAGUAAUAGUAAAUAAAAUAGUGUACCUUUUGUGUUUAUCAUAUAUAUUUGAAUGAACUAUAUUUGAUUCUAAUGUAACACAACAUAACCCUUUUAGACCCAACGUGACUUUGUUUAUAUACAGUUUGAUAUGAAUAUUCAAUGCUUUUAGAGUAGUAGUGUUUUAUGUUUUAUAAUGUUUACAUUGUUGGGUGAAGUAAACUUAUGGACUUUUGACGACAAUAUUAAUAUAAAGAGUACAGACUUUGGUGCAUUUCGAUAUCAUGAUAAACGUAUUGAUCAUUUACACGAAGAAGCCAAAAAAUCUUAUUGCCAGAAACGAGGUAUGAUAUAUGUACCAACAAAUAAAAAAGGAAAUAAAUUAAAAGAUUCUAUCAAAUACUUAGAGGAACAAUUGAAGGAUAAUACAAUUGUACAUUGUCAGUGGUAUGAUGACUGUGUUUUACAAUUAAUGUUAAACAAUGCGUUAUUAAUACAAAUACAAGUUAAUAUUGCCACUGGUGAUGUAUGUAAAAUAACUUUUGAUAAGUAUCUCAUAGGAAAACUGUUGGAACAUAUAUCAGAUGUGAUAAUCACAAAAAAUUAUAUUCUUUGCAUCUAUAACGAUAACCAAGUUUCUGUUGUACAUUUUACAAGAUCGAAAAGACAUGUCUUCGAUAAAAUUAAUAAACUUGAACCAAAAUUAUCUACGAUUGAUCUCUUUGGCCCUAAUGGCCGCAGAUUGGACAAAAAAGUACAAACCAAUAAAUGUGGUGAUCUGAUUUUAAUUUGGUGGAAAUCUACUAUAAAUGAAGUUUAUCCUUGGAGUCCUGCUGUAAAAGAACAUGAUCGUGCUAACAUACAUCUUUAUCGUUUAAUAGGAGUAAAAUUAGAAUUAAUUUGUUAUAUACGUAGUGAAUUUGAUCCCUUAUGUAUAAUGUUUGAUGCAUGUAAUGAUAAUAUUAUUCAUUCUGUAGAACAAAAAGUUUCAAGAAAGGGCGAAGUAACUAUAGAAUGGCGUACAUAUGAAGUUUCUCAACAAGAUAAACUUCAAAGAAUAGCAAUGGUUUCUGUAUCAUUACCUACACAUACAAGUUGUGUAAAAUUUUCACCAACUCAAGAAUUAUUGUUAUUAUGUUGUAUAGAUGGUUCUGUUAUAAUUUAUGAUCAGACUAGAGCUACUACUGCUAGUGUAAAAGCAGCUUUUAUACCUACAUUGGCAUCGUGGCAUAGUGAUGGAAUAAUAUUUGUUGUUGGAAAUGAUAAAGGUCAAUUUCAACAUUUUGACAUUGCUUUAUCCUGUAUUAAAAGUCAAACAUUGACCGAAGAAGCAGCACAAGCUAAUAUACUUGACUUAUCUUCGUAUUUCAGAAUUCAACCAGCAUUACUUCGCAUGGAAUGGAAUAAAAAAACUGAUUUAAAUUGUUAUAUUAAUUUACAUAAUCACGGAAAUUCUUUAUUAUUGUUAAUUUUUCAACGAGGACCUCUUGGUGUUCUUAAAAUGUUGGAAGGAAAUUCUUUUACUGGUGAUGUAUUAGUCAAGAGAUAUUUAUCUUUAUCACAAGUUGAACAAGCAACUUCUUUACUAUUAGCUAUGAAUUGGGAUACUCAUUCUCGUGCAUGUAUGCAUGCAUUAAAUCAGAUAGUAAAUUAUUUGUUUAAACUACCAUUGACAACAGAACGGGAAAAUCUUAUACAAAAUGCAUUAGGCAGUUUUCAUGUACCUAUUAAACCAAUAAGUCAAGCUAUUGAAGAAGAAUAUGGAGACGAAAUAAGAGAUUUAACAAGACGUUUCUUCCAUCACUUAUUAAGGUAUCAUAUGUUUGAAAAAGCUUUUAGGCUUGCUAUAGACUUGAAUGACCAUGAUCUUUUUAUGGAUAUACACUUUUAUGCAAUAGUCGUAAAUGAUACAGCAAUGGCAACUGCUGCAAAAGAAAAUGCUGAACGCAUAUUAAGUAGAUCAAAUAGUUGCAGUAGUUCACGUAAGAAUAAAUCAAAUAUCAUAUUAUACAUUUUAGUUCAAGGAAUAUACCAUAAAAAACAAUUUUCAGAUUCUACAUGUUCUAGAGCAUCCUGUUCAUUGUGUUCUGAUUCAAUAAGUGAUAAAGGAGAAGUAUCUUAUAGUGACGAAAGUGACAAUUUUUCAAAGGAGAAUCAAACUGACAUAAAAUCGAAAUGUCACAAUUAUAAGAAAGAGUCUAGCAACCAAAUUCCACCCUUACCAGUUCUCCAUCCACAUACCCUUCAUAAAAAUUUAUUAUCUACUUCAUUUACCGACAUAUCACCUAGUGAAAAAACUGACUGUAAUCUAGAAACAAAAUCUUUCAGUAUAUCUAAUAAUACUCUUACCACAACCUCCUUCCAUCAUUCAUCUCACCUUUCACUUCCAAAUACAUUUUUUACAUCAACAUCAUUCAACAAACCACUGUAUAAAAUUCAUGCACAUCCAACAUCAGUAUCUACAAUGUCUUCUACCAGCAAUUCACAAUCUUUAAAUAACAUUUCUGAUGAUUUAAUGACAACUUCAUUUGGGAGUCUGUCUUUAAAUGAAAGAAAAACAGGAAUGUCUAAUCGAGUUAAUGAGAACUCUGUAGAUACCACACUGAAGAAAGUCCUACGUGGUGAAAUGCAGUUGCCUCUUGAUAAUAUACCUAAUGAUACAAUAACAACGAAUCUAGUACAAGAAAAUAGUUUUAUGUCUACUCCUUUUAACAGUCUGACACAUGAAUCGGUUACAUCGGAUGUUUCUUCUAAUCUAUUAAAAUCUUCAUUAGAUAACAUAGAUAAUAAUAUUAUGUCUACAUCAUUUAGUACACUUGGUACAGAUAUUUCAAAUCCAUAUGAUAAAUCUUUUAAUGAUUUAGUAACUACUAAAUCUGACUCAUCUCCUUUAAAAAAUAUUAAGCCAUCUGUUACAAUCAGUAAUUUUGUGUCUAAAACGCUUUCUGAUUCUGUUGUAACAAAUAAAUUAACAUGCAAUUUACAUAACAAUCAUAGUAAUCUUGCAUCUACUUCAUUUAAUUUUCUUGAAAAUCAAGUAAAAGAUUCAUGCAAUGGCAGUUCAAAUAAUUUUAAUAAUGAUGAUAAUCCCAGUAUUAUGAAAUUACAGCAACCUUUCCUGGGAAAAAAACAAGUAGAUUUCAAUAUUCCACCACCACCUUCUUUAACAAAUUCAUUUACGAAUUAUUUUCAAAGUCUUCCAAAAAAAAAUCUUCCUUUAUCUAGAAGUACAUCAGGAUUAGCUGAUAUUGAUGAAUCGAUUAAAAAAGUUUCAUCUAUUAGAACAAGAAACGUCAACUCGUAUUUACUACAAAGACAAAAUUCUGCAUCCAAUAUUUUACAAGAUCAACCUAAAUAUACCAAUAUUAAAUCUAGAUACAGAUUUAAUUAUGACUUUGAUUGCAUUUCACUUCAUGGAAGUUGUGAUAACAUUGAUAUGCAUUCCUCUACUAAUAAUACGAGACUAGGUAAUUCACAAUUUUCUUCUACUUAUGGUGCACAAAACAGAUUUGAUAGACAUUCAAAAUUAGUAUCAUCACAAAACAGUACAAAUACUAAUAUUAGUAAAGAAUCUAAGAUAUCUUCCAACAUUCCACCUCUACCUAUCAUAUCACCAUCUACUUCUAGUUCUACGUCCUGUUCUUCUUUUCCUAUCUUCACAGAUACAACAUUAACAACAAAUGAAAAACCAAAGGUUAAAUUUUCAGAUACUGUUACACAUAUUUUAGUACCUGGUACAGGUCAAUCACAUAAACAAAAACGUUCCACAAUUACUCAAGUACAUUUAACUGAUCCUAAACGGGAGUUAGCAGAAAGUCUUCCAUUGUGCCUUGGAAAUGAAGAUUAUCUUAAAGAUUUUCAACCACUACCAAAAGAAACUAUUAAUGACAAAGAAAAGGAAUCUUCAAGACAAGAAGAAGGUUCAAAAAUAAAAGUUGUACACUUUGGACUAUUAUAAAAAGAUGAUUUCAAUUU